ACACUCUCUCCGGGAUCUCGCGCUCGCAACUACCUCUGUUUCAAGCUUGUUGCAAUCUUCCACGUCUUUUGCACUGCACCUUGCUGAAGGUCAUCAGUGAUGGCAUGUGUGUGUGCUGCUGCUUUUUUGACAGGUUUCGGUGGUGCUCACGACUAAUGCUGCAAUGUCGUCGACUGCAUGUGGAUUUAUGCAGACGGUUUGCUGCUGUUUUUAUGUGUGUAGCAGGUCUGAUGAUGCAGAGAUAUGAUUAGACGAUUUUUUUUGCAUUUGUAGUACUUGCGAGUUGUAGAUUUUAGUGUAGUUUUGUCUAUUGUUGUGUUUGUUCAGGAGGCAGUUGUGUUGCAUUGCAGUACAUGUUACCCCAGGAUUUUUACCCAUAUUGCAUGGAAAUUGCAGAAGUAGUUGUUUGUGUUUGUUUUUAUUUGAUAUCUGUUAGUGAUAGCUAUAUAAGUUUUCCCUUUCAGAAGUUAGUGAAGAUGCUACAUUGCAUUUUUUAUGUGGCCUCCUAAAAUGAAUGACCAACCAGCAUUUUCAUGCAAUGACCAAGUACAUUUCAGAUUUUUUUCACGAGUUUCAGAUUUUUCAUGCAUUCCUUCUCUAUAGCUUUUAGUGUUGUUAAUGGGUGUUCUGAACAUUUCCUUUUUGUUCUUUUUUUUUGCAGUGAUCCAAAAAUGGAUGAUGAUGAAUCUUCCGAUAGGUCGUUUUCAACGCGCUUUUCAGCUAGCCGUUUGCGUGAGGUUGCAGAGAAGGAGCUGAAUGCUAACAAGAGGGCAGUGCUAGAGAAGUCGAGUUUUGGUUCGUUGUUGAAGAUCAGACCAUUUUCUGUACCUCUUGAGCUGAUUGACUGGGUAGUUAUGAGAAUUGACACUAAGCAUUCUUUGUUCAGCCAUAAAAAGAAGACUAUAUUGUUCACUAGAGACAUGGUGCAAAAUUUUUUUAAUGUCCCAUCCGGACCAAGGGUAGUGGAGCUGCUGAAGAGGAACGAACGUUGCGAGCUGCGCGACAUAUAUCGAGAAGGCACAAGGGCUCCAAUUAAGAAAUCCAUUUCUGUAAUUAAGAAAGCAUCGGAUAAUGAUGUUGUUACUUUAGAGAGGACUUGGGUUCUUUUAUGCCUUGCUCUCAUGCUAGUUCCUGGCACCGGCAACAUGGUCUCGUUGGACUACCUUGCUAGCUUGAAGGACUUGGAUGAACUGAAUGAGUUUGCGUGGGACGAGCAUGUGUUGGCAACUGCGUUGAGGGAGGCGAGGAAUUACCAACUAAAGAGGGAGGCUGGGGCAAGUGGCUUCUGGAUAGGGGGCUGUCUACCUAUGUUCGUGGUAUGCCAAACGCAAAUCAUUUUUGUCUAUGUUUUCAUUGGUUCAUAUUUUUGCUUUACUUUAUUUUAUUUUGCUCGCAACAAUCAUAUGUACGUACAACCUUCUGAUUUGUUUUCUUUUUCAAAAAUAUAUGUAGUUAAUUUACAUGGAUUUCCUGGAUGUGCCUCGGUCAUUGAUUAGUGAGGAGACGUUCAACUACUCGCUGCCCAGGGCUUGCUUUGUGUGCAAUGCAGAUUUUGAGCUUGUUAAAGAAUUUGACAGGAACAAGCUCACCCUCGAGAAGGUUGAUUUUGGAAAGCGCAA